AUGGCCGCCCCCCAAAGCUCUUCGGGGAUGUUUUGCAGCAUCUCAGGCAUCGUCCCUGACGUGCCUGUGGUGUCCGCCAAGAGCGGGCACAUCUUCGAGAGGCGUCUCAUCGAGCAAGCGUUGGAAGCUUCCGACGGGCGAUGCCCUGAAACAGGAGAGCCUCUCUCCACGUCGGAUCUGAUCGAGAUAAAAAAGUCUGGGACAGUAGUCGAACCUUUAGUGCCGGCGGAGGUGUCGGUGCCCGGAGUACUGAGACAUCUACAGAAGGAGUGGGAUACGACGAUGCUGGAGUUGCAUCAGGUCAAGACGGAGCUUAAUGAAACAAGAAAGGAGCUAGCCAACGCGUUGUAUAAAUAUGAAACGGCGGAACGCGUAAUCGCAAAGAUGAAUCAGGACAUGAAAGAAAGUGCUACGGCGCGAGCUUCCGACGAGGUACAAACUGAUGAAACGAACGGGGCUAGGGUCGAGGCGGCGGCAGCAGGCGAGGUGAAGAAGGACGCGACUCAAGACAGCAAGACGAGCGACAGGGUGAUGGUCAAGGACAAAGUGGUGACGGGCAGAGACGCGACUGCGGACGUGUCAUCAUCGACAAGGACGGAAUUUCCAGAGGAACUGCUGAAAAAGGUGAAGGCGCGGUCCGCCGAGCUCCAAAAAAAGCGGAAGGAGCGGAAGGUACCGGCGUCACACGCUCGGGCAGAUACACUGAAAUCGCUAUCGGAGACUGGGCAAGUGGCAGUAGAUGGAUCGGAAGCGACGGUGACAAGCUUGGCGCGGGGGGCGGACGGGUUGAUGUACGGCGGGACGAGCAGCGGGAAGCUAAUGACUUUGGAUACACGAGGAAUGGGAGUGGUGGGAAAAGCCGUGGUGGGACAUACAGACGGGGGUGUGAAGAGGGUGAGAUGGGAUGGGGAGAGGGUGGUAAGCUGCGGUGCUGGGUCGGUGAAAAUAUGGGAUGGGCAGACGUGGGAGCAGUUGGGAGGGUGGGAGGAGACUGGGGAGGUUGUGGAUGUGGACGUGCACCCAACGAAAGAGGUGGUUUUUGUGGUUCUGGCAGAGGGGAAAUGGGUGUGGCGGGAGCUCGGCGGGCGGGUUGUCUGUGAGGGACAGGGAGGGGAGGGGUACGGGAGCGGGGUUGUGCAUCCGGACGGGAUGGUGUUUGCAACUGGGCGGACCGACGGGGUGGUGGAGAUGUGGGACUUGCGGACUAUGAAGUGCGUCGCGGAGCUCGGGGAACGGGGGGGGAGGGUGGUGUCGUUGGAGAUGAGCGAGAAGGGGUACUACAUGGCGAGCUGCCGGGACGGGCGGGUGUCGCUGUGGGACCUGAGGAAGCAGACGGUAUCGGGUGAGGUAGGGAUGGAGGGCGUGGUGGGGUUAGCGCUGGACGGGGUGGGUGAAUUUGGGGGUGCAGUGGGGGCGGGCGGCGUGGCGGUGUUCAUGGGGAAGAAGAAGACGAAGACGGUGGUCAAAGUGCCGAUGCACAAGUGGCAGGUGGGGGGCGCAGGGCGGCAGGGGUGUGCGUGGGGUGACGACGCAGGGUGCAUUGUUGUAGGUGGCGCGGACGGGACCGUGCGGCAGUACGGGGCCGGUGUGCAGUGA